AUGCCCGUGGCCGUGGCUUUUCUUGCCACAGCGGCCCUUGCCCUGGCGGCCACCCCACCAGAUCCCUGUUACGAGGAUGGACGCCCAAGGCGCUGUAUCCCAGAUUUCGUUAACGCGGCAUUUGGGAAUCCAGUGGUUGCUUCUUCCAUAUGUGGAAGACGAGGGCCUGAACGACUGUGUGAUCCCCCAGGAGACCAGAACCCAGAGAACGCAUGCCGAGUUUGUGAUGCUUCACGACCAGAUAAAAGAAACUUACCGACCUAUCUGACCGAUCUGAACAACCCACACGAUGUUACCUGCUGGAGGUCGGCUGCUCUACCACCUGCUUCCUAUGAUUCCCCUCCCGACAACGUAUCCCUCACCUUAUCGCUUGGCAAGAAGUACGAGCUGACCUACGUUAGCUUGCAAUUCUGUCCAAAAGCGGCACGUCCUGACUCCGUAGCUAUAUACAAGAGCGCAGAUUACGGGGUCACUUGGCAACCUUUCCAAUUCUAUUCGAGCCAAUGUAGGCGAGUGUAUGGUCGUCCCAAUAAAGCGACGGUGACAGCCGCGAACGAGCAGGAAGCAAGGUGUUCAGAUUCGCACCGACUAGCCGGGGAGAGUUCUGGAGGUUCUAGACUGGCGUUUAGUACCUUAGAAGGACGUCCCAGCGCGGCUAAUUUCGACAUAUCUCCUGUAUUGCAAGACUGGGUUACAGCGACCGAUGUGAGGGUUGUUUUUAACCGAUUGCAUAUGGUGAAUGAGGGUGAUGAAGUUGACAGCAAGAAGCAGGCGGCUGCAGGAACCCAACAUUAUGCAGUAUCGGAUUUUGCGGUGGGGGGUCGAUGUAAGUGCAACGGACACGCGUCCAGGUGUAUCCCGGCUAAGGGCGAGGAGAGUCAGGGGGUCCAGCUGGCAUGUGACUGUAAACACAACACCGCGGGAAGGGAUUGCGAGAGAUGCAAGCCGUUCCACUUCGACAGACCGUGGGGACGAGCGACGGCGCGAGACGCCAAUGAAUGCAAAGACGGCAAAGCUUAUUUUGGUUUAGCCAAUAGCAUAGUGGUUACAGAACUGACUUUUGCAUCAAUAGUUCGGGUUCGAUCUCUAUUCACAGCAAAU